AAAACCGGAAGUGAGGUGGCUCGCAGGGAGCAAGCCAAAGAUAAACACGUAGACGAACACGGCCCAGGAUUUUCCCUAUAACCUGGAGGCGUUCACAAUGUGUUUGAAAUGGACUAGCUGGUGACAACAAAGAUAUUUCACUAGUUUAGGGGUUGCUGGUUCAUCCACCAAGGCCAAGUCUUCCUCGGGCGUCGUAUCGAAUCUGCAGUCCAAAAUGGUACGAGCCGCCUUAGUAACUGCCACCAGUCUGGCGUUGACUGGAGCUGUAGUGGCUCACGCUUAUUUACUCAAACACCAGUUUUACCCAACUGUGGUCUACCUCACGAAGAGCAGCCCCAGCAUGGCGGUGUUGUAUAUUCAGGCAUUUGUUCUGGUGUUUCUGCUUGGAAAGUUUAUGAGGAAGGUCUUUUUUGGCCAGCUAAGAGCUGCAGAGAUGGAGCAUCUCAUCGAGCGCUCGUGGUACGCAGUGACAGAGACGUGCCUGGCUUUCACCGUAUUCCGAGAUGACUUCUCGCCCCGUUUUGUUGCCCUCUUCACCCUCCUGCUCUUCCUGAAGUGCUUCCACUGGCUGGCUGAGGAUCGAGUGGACUUUAUGGAGCGGAGUCCAAAUAUAUCAUGGAUUUUUCACCUGAGAGUAUUAUCUCUCAUGGGACUGCUGGGUGUCAUGGACUUCUUGUUCGUCAACCACGCCUGCCACAGCAUCAUCACCCGCGGAGCGUCCGUUCAGCUCGUCUUUGGCUUCGAGUAUGCCAUCCUGCUGACCAUGGUGCUCACAACCUUCAUCAAGUACAUUCUGCACACCGUUGACCUGCAGAGUGAGAACCCCUGGGACAACAAGGCCGUCUAUAUGCUCUACACGGAGCUCUUCACAGGCUUCAUCAAAGUGCUGCUCUACGUCGCUUUCAUGACCAUCAUGAUCAAGGUCCACACCUUCCCCCUGUUUGCCAUCCGGCCCAUGUAUUUGGCCAUGAGACAGUUUAAGAAAGCGGUUACGGAUGCUAUCAUGUCCAGAAGAGCCAUCCGGAACAUGAACACACUAUAUCCUGAUGCGACCCCUGAAGAUCUUCAGGCCUCUGACAACGUUUGCAUCAUCUGCCGAGAGGAGAUGGUCACGGGCGCCAAAAAACUACCGUGCAAUCACAUUUUCCACUCCAGCUGUCUGCGCUCUUGGUUCCAGAGGCAGCAGACCUGUCCUACGUGUCGCAUGGACGUCCUCAGAGCCACCAACAACAAUCAGACGCAGGCUCCAGCUCAGGCUCCGCCUCCUGCGCCAGCGGCCCCCGCUAACGCUCCUGCAGCUCCAGCCCCCAACGUCCCUCCAGGCAUGCUGCCGGGCUUCCCUCCUGGUGUCUUCCCUUUCUGGGGUCCUUUUCCUCCUGUGCCCCCGCCUGCAGCAGCAGCAGCGGCCCCCGGAGGCGCCGAUGCCCCACCAAGCAGCUCGGAAGCGGCACAAAGUGCAGCAGGCACCAGCCAGCCGGCAUCCUCGUCUCCUGCAGACACUUCUCCCCCUGCAGCAGCUGCUGCUCCGGGAUCCGCAUUCCCAGGGUUCCCCUUCUCCUUCCCGCCUCCUCCAUUCCCCACCGCUCCAUGGCUGCCCAUGCCUCCCCCACCGCCUUUUGUGUCCUCCAUGCCCCCCCCGCCUCCUUCUCUGUCCCGCCUGUCGGAGGAAGAGCUGAGGGAGUUGGAGGCUGAGGGGCGGCGAGGUCUGGAGGCCAGGCUGCAGUGUCUUCAGAACAUCCACACGCUGCUGGACGCCGCCAUGCUCAACAUCCACCACUACCUCAGCACCGUCACCACGCUCACUCCUCCUCGGGCCGAGAGCCGCUCUGCUGAAGCCACAAGCCGCACGGACGCUCCUGCAGCCCCCAGCAGCUCUGAGAAGAGCUCGUCCGCAUCUGAUCAAGCAAGCGCCGCCGCCGCCGCGGUUUCCUCUCUACCCGCUGACUCCACCUCCUCUGCUCUGGACACUGGAGGAAAAGAAAGCGUGGACGAAGGAGAGGCGGAGGAUGAAGACGGAGAACCAAACGCUGCUGAGCUGAGGAGGCGCCGCUUACGCAAGCUGGAGACGGCCUCCUCCUCAUCGGCGCCCUCAGACAACUGACCCGCGGGUUUUGAUUCAGGCGUGGCGAUCAGGACCAACGGGAACUCUCGAGUCGACUUUAGGCUGCUUCGGUCCUUCGUUGCCUCUCUUCCUCUCUUGCCUUCCAGAGGCUCAGGUUUCUAAAGGGGUGGAUCUGGACUCGGGCUGUCGGGAGACGCUCCUGGACUGUUUGUGCGUCAGGCAGCCGCUGACCGACGGGACAAAUCCCCGCCCCGCUCGUGGAGGAUGCUCAUCGUUCGCUACAAAGGAAAAGUCCCAGGUUUGGUGGACAGCUGUUUUAACUGAAGGUUCCUGGCUGUCAGCCGAAGAAUUGUUGUAAAUAAUGUCAUUUUUCAGAUCAAGUGGAAGAAAAGUUUAGGAAAUGUGAACCAAAAAGAGUUUAAUUCUCAGUCAGAAUGGUUGUUUUUUUGUCUUUUUGGGUUAAAGUGUCUUUUCUUUGUUAAACUUUUUUUUUUUUUUAAUUAAUCUUCACAAAAAUGUUGCAGGUUAACUUACUGCCUCCAUAAAUCCAUGUAAGACCAAAAGUAACAAAUGAUUAAAUGUGUCAUGAAAUCAGAAAAUUGAUUAAAAUGUCAAUUAAUUUCAUGUCAGAAAUGCAUGUAGUUAUUUCACUUUUAAAUGGUGUUUUCAUGAAUGUCUUUUACUGGUCAAGUGGGCGGGACCUUGCACCUGAAUUUACAGAGUUAGCCCCGCCCACUGACUGACUGCUGUAACACCUGACCGUGAAAUAUCUAAAUGCAUUUCUUACAUGAAAUUAUUUUGUGUUUUAUUUAAGAUUUAAUGACAAAUGUAUUUAUUUUUGUUCCAGUCUUAAUGUUUUUUUGACACAUUUAUUUAAGUAAUUAAUGAUGAUUUUUUUUUUAUUUCAAUUUGUCACCUUUGGUCCUCCAUACUUUCACCCAUCGUAGCUGUUUUAAAUUUUUUUUUUCUUUUCUGAAUGUCAAUCACAUCUUUCUCAUGCAUAUAUAUAUUUUUUGUUUUCCUGCUUUUGUGUGUUUUUGCUCAACACAUCUUUCCCUGUAACACACACACAGGAAUGGAAAUCCCGUGUUUUCUUUUCUUCCUGGGGUCCAUGUUUCAUGUGAGCCGUGGUUCAGUAGCUCAACUCCAAAGUAGCUGGUAUGUUUAGUCCUUUGUAGAUAUAUAUGUUAUAGAGAUGCAGUGUUGUUCUGCAAGGUUUUUUUGUUUUGUUUUGUUUACUUGAUCUGGAAAAAAAUGGCAUUAAUUAAAACAAUUUUCAAUAUUUUUGCAUUUUCUUUUUAAUAAAGCCAGACUUUCGCUGUUACAAAUUAUUCCUUUUCUUCUCCUUUAUGUCCAAAGCGGCGGCUCCAUAUUUUUGUCGGGUUCGUAGCGGCUUUCUUGCGCUCUGAGUUUGGACUUCCUGCAAUAAUGGGUGGUGCAGAUGUUUGACUUCCAUCAGAGGGUGAUGCUUCAUCAUGGGGAGGGAGGGCGCUCCGGUUCUCGCAUCUUUUGUUGAUGCCGCCUGUCUUUGGGGGAACCAAUCGGUGGAUUGAAUCCGCUCCUGCAUUUUUUGUCUCAACAUGCAACGUGUACAUAUUGUAUGAACGGUUUUAAUAGGAUCGUCUGUACGUAAUGCAGAAUAAAGAGUGUCAGUGGAA